GGACCCACGCUCAGUCGCCGGUCUCGUGGCUUCUUUGUAUACAGCAGCAGCUGUGUGUAAAUGCAUGGGCUCACAGCGUCUACCGCUGCUUGACGGACAGCUUCUUCGGCUCAGUCCAUCAUUCGUGCGGGCUUCCUCAGAGAUGAACCGGCUGAACCAGGUGUAGAAGAGGAAUAUCAAAACUUUACCCGAACCCCUUUCCCCCCACCGCAGUGUCUCAUUCACCCCAACAAAGCUUGGGUCAGUUUCACCGCCUCUUUUUCUCCGUGUCUCUCUGUGCGCUGGGAUUGUAAACGGCAGAAACAAAUUGAUCUCCGUGCAGAGUAAAGGCUACAGCUGCGCGGCUCCCUCACUCAUCAUGGAUGUAAGAUUUUAUCCGACUUCAGGUGGGAAUUCUAUUCCAGGAGAACCACCAAACCUGGAUUUUGCCCACUGUUUGGGCUAUUACAACUUCAAUAAGUUCCAGAAUAACAACAACUACAUGAACAUGGCGGAGGCAAAUGGAGCCCUGCUUGCUGCUGGUGAUACUUUUCAUACACCCAGCUUGGGAGACGAGGAGUUUGAGAUUCCUCCCAUUACACCUCCACCUGAGACGGAGUCUGGUCUGGGUUUGUCGGAAGUGGACUUCCCAGCAAUGCCAGAGCCCCCUGUUCCUCACAGGGGUCCCUUAAUCCCUCAGUUUCCCCCUCAAAGCCUGGAUCUGCCCUCUAUUACCAUCUCACGCAACAUGAUGGACCAGGAAGGGAUGUCUGUCAACAACGGCCAACCUGUGAAUGUUGGACCGGGCCACCUCCGCCAGUACCCACCCAACCCAGCCAUGGUGAUGAAAUCCAUCAUCAGCAUGAACAGCCCCAAUGGGAUGUUAUCACGGAAUCAGCUGACCACCAUCAACCAAUCCCAACUCAACGCACAGCUGAGCCUAAACAUGGCAGGACCAAACAUCACCCAUACUUCACCGUCACCGCCUGCCAGCAAGUCUGCCACACCGUCUCCCUCCAGCUCCAUCAACGAAGACGACCAGGACGAAAGCAACAGGGUCAUUGGAGAGAAGCGACCAGCCCCGAUAGAUCCCACAAAGAAACCCAAGACUCCUAAGAAGAAGAAGAAGAAGGAUCCCAAUGAGCCUCAGAAGCCGGUGUCAGCUUAUGCCCUGUUCUUCAGGGACACCCAGGCAGCUAUUAAGGGUCAGAAUCCCAAUGCCACCUUUGGAGAGGUGUCCAAGAUUGUGGCCUCCAUGUGGGACGGUCUGGGAGAGGAACAGAAACAGGUUUACAAAAGCAAAACAGAAGCUGCCAAGAAAGAAUAUUUGAAAGCCCUUGCUGCAUACCGUGCUAGCCUGGUUUCAAAGGCUGCAGCAGAAUCAGCCGAAGCCCAGACUAUCCGCUCAGUACAGCAGACCCUGGCCUCCACCAGCCUGUCCCCAGGCCUGGUGCUGCCCUCACCCCUCAACCAGCAUGCCUCCAUGUCAGCAGCUUCCCAGGCCCUCCAACAAGCCCUACCACGGGCCAUUGCCCCAAAACCUCUGCAGAUGAGACUAGGGGGCAGUCAGAUCGUGACCUCAGUUACAGUCUCCCACCAGAACAUGUCCUCUGGGAUGCCACCGCAGAUGCUCGGCCAGAUGGGUGCCGGAGGGGGCAUGGUGGCGGGCGCCCAGUCCACAGCGGUGUCUCAGAUGAGCCCGCCGAUGCAGCCGGUGCAGCAGCAUGCAAUGCAGCAACUCCAGCAGCAGCAGCAGAUGCAGCAGCACCUCCAGCACCAUCAGAUGCAGCAGCAGCAGAUGCAUCACCAGCAGAUCCAGCAGCAGAUGCAACAUCAGCAUUUCCAGCACCACCUCCAGCAACAGCUGCAGCAGCACCACAUGCAGCAGCAGCAGCAACAGCAGCAGCAACAACAACAGCAGCAGCAGCAGCAGCAGCAACAGAUGCAGCUGCAGCACAUGCAGAUGCAGCAUCAGCUUCAGAUUCAGCAUCUCCAGCAGCAGCAACAACAACAGCAGCAACAGCAGCACCAGUCCCAGUGUUCCCCACCCCAGCACUCUCCUGGUACUCCCCAUUCAGUGGGAGGCUCUGCAUCGCUCGGCAGCCCCCAGCCAGCCCCACAGCAGCAACCACACCCCUCCCAAAUCCAGGCCCACGCCCAGGUCCUGUCCCAGGUCAGCAUUUACUGAGCCAAAUGGAAAUCCUAUCUCAAAGAACAGGAAUAGAAUAAAAGCAUCAUUCCAUGUUGCUUUUCUAAGUUGCACUUAAGAAGUGUGUAAGAUUUAGAAUGUUAUACAAAGAACUUGUCCAUUGUUAUAGACGGAUAUGCACACGCGUGUA